AUGUGGAGUUCCUUUCCGACCGUGCUGGGCUGUGCUGUGCUGCCGUGGUUCACGGGCCAUACAUACUUCACAUCGGCACCUCCGUUCCCAUUUUUUUUGACGGAAAGGACCCUGAAUUCGGAUCCUCACUCUAACAUUUCACCUUCUGCCGUUCAGAUUCCACCAAAAAGUGGAGAGGAACACCAUCUUCUUCUUGUUCUUCCUCUCAUCCGCCUUCCAUCCUCUCCGACUUGCGCAGCGAUGACAACACCAACACCACGCCACCUCGAAACACCGCAGGAGACCACAGAACGCGAACGAUGCGAGCAAUGGAGCGACGAACUCUUCCGCACCUCACCCAUGGUACGCUUCAUGUCGAAGCACCUCUCCUUACUCGACUGUAACCCGCUCUCCCCGCUCCCCUCCUCUUCCUCCUCAACCACCCAAUCACAACCAAAACUAGUCAUCGCACCGUGCCCGCCAUCAAUAGCAGGCGGAUUCUCUCCCUCUCAACCCUCCACCCCGACCUCUCAUUCCUCCAUCCUCCUCUGUUCGAACCGAAUUUUUUCCAAAUCGCACCUGCAAGACACACUUUCACACGAGAUGGUGCACUGGUACGAUCACUGCCGCUUCCUCGUCGACUGGUCCAACCUGCGGCACCACGCGUGCAGCGAGAUCCGCGCCGCCAGCCUCAGCGGCGACUGCGGCUGGUCCAGAGAGUUCAAGCGCCGCAACUACGGGUUCAAACUCCAACACCAGAAUUGCGUCAAGAGGAGGGCGGUGCUUAGCAUCUUGGCUAACCCCGCUUGCGGUGGGGACAAGGACAAGGCGGAGAGGACCGUGGAGGAGGUGUUCGAGAGUUGCUUUGGCGAUACUAGACCGUUUGACGAGGUGAGUCGACCCCCCUUCCCCCGCUACGGAAUCCCGAGACACAGCCACUGA